CUCUUUCCUCUGUAUUACGUGUAACCACGGUUCAUUAUUAAAGAUAAAAGUCUUCUUCAGCAUCAUCCAAUCCAUUUAUAACCGUUAUUAUUAUUAUUCCAUCAUUCCAUCUAUUAUGGUCAUUGGUCUCCUUUAUUCUGAAGUCGUGGGCCGGAUGUGGUGCCGCUUGCCGCACCGCGCAGACAGGGGGCUGGACGCGGUGGCGGCAGACAGAGGAAGCAGCAGACCGCUCGGCUCGGCUCGGCUCGGUGAGAACGGAACUGUGAACGUUAGCUCCGGUGCCCUCACGGAAUUAACCCGGUGGCGAGGGGGAGCAUCAUGGCGACGCUGGGACCGGACUCCGCGGCUCGUCCUCCGCUCGGUUCUCCUCCGUCGACCCAGAACGUGCCUCCGAACCGCGGCUUGGAAAGAUCCCUGGAGGAGGCGGCGGCCAGCGGCGUCCUCAACAUCUGCUCCCGGAAACUGAAGGAGUUCCCCCGGACCGCGACUCAGCACGACCUGAGCGACACGGUGGAGGCAGACCUGUCAAAGAACCGACUGACAGACGUCCCCUCAGAGGUCUGUCACCUGGUGGCCCUGGAAACACUCAACCUGUAUCACAACUGCAUCAGGACCAUCCCAGACGGCAUCAUCACCCUGCAGUCCCUCACCUCCUUAAACCUCAGUCGUAAUCAGCUGGGCUCCCUGCCGGCCUGUCUCUGUGGUCUACCGCUGAGAGUCCUGAACGCCAGCAACAACAAGCUGGUCAGUCUGCCAGAGACCAUCAGACACCUGCACAACCUCAUGGAGCUGGACAUCAGCUGUAAUGAGAUCACGGCUCUUCCUCGUCACAUCGGCCGACUCAAAGCUUUACGAGAACUCAACGUUCGUCGGAACCUCCUCUGCGUCCUGCCAGAGGACCUGGCUGAUCUUCCUCUGGUGAAGUUUGACUUCUCCUGUAACAAGGUGUCCACCAUCCCAGUGUGUUUCAGGAAGAUGAAGCAGCUUCAGUCGCUCCAGUUAGAAAACAACCCGCUGCAGAGUCCACCCGCACAGAUCUGCUUGAAGGGAAAAGUUCACAUAUUCAAGUAUCUGAGCAUGGAGGCGUGUCGCAGUGAGAAGAUGCCCGACUCGCUCUACCUGCCCGUCAUCGAGCGGCUCAGCCUAUCACGGCCCAGCACCGGCAGUGUGGAGGACAUGGAGCAGCAGAAGAAGCAGGACAGCGACUCAGGAGUCGGCAGCGACAAUGGAGACAAGAGACUGUCUGCUACCGAGCCGUCGGACGAGGACAGUCUGAGUCUCAAUGUGCCGAUGAGCCACAUCACAGAGGAGGAGGGAAUCAGUAGAGACGACUCCAGUGAACACAUCAGCUCCUUGACAGCAGAUCCGAACUCGGACUCGGUGCGUCUGAUCGAGGAGAGCCCCACCGAGGCCCUGAAGGACCCGUUCGGCUACAGAGACUCGGCUCUCAGCACUCGCUUCGUCAGCUACAUCAAGGGUCGGUCGGCAGCAGACUUCGACGAGCCCCUCAGGAUAGAAGAAGACUCACCGUGGCAAACAAAACAAACGUCCAAGGUCCCCGGGGGCACGGAGCUCCACAUUGACAUGAUCAACCAGCUGCAGGAGGCGGUGGAGCUGCUGCAGGAUCCCAGCAGAGCGACCACGGAGCAGGACCAUGUGUCUGGAGUCCGGCUCUACCCGGUGGAGCUGGUCACAGUGGACGAGUCCCUCAAUGGUCAGGACAGCGAUGACGGCUCCACCACACCCAAGCGCCCUGCAGCCGCCGGACACCCGGCCCUCUGCAGUCCGCCGUUUGGACUGAAGCCCCGGUCAGCCCCGCCCUCGCUGCCCUGCUCGCCCCCUCCUUCCUGUCUCGACCCCUCCCUCCUCUCACAGGCCUCGCCCCUCCGUAGAGAUACGCCGCGUAGCCUGAAUGACGGAGGCUCGCUCAGCCGCGUGUUCCUGCGGAGCCACAAGAGUCUGGAGUCUGUGGAUCCUCAGUUCACCAUCAGGAGAAAGAUGGAGCAGCUGAGAGAAGAGCUGGAGCUCAUGGAGCAGCUCAGAGACAGCAUCGAGAGCAGACUGAAGGUCGUCCUCCCUGAAGACCUCGGCUCGUCUCUGAUGGACGGCGUCGUGCUCUGUCAUCUGGCCAAUCACAUUCGUCCUCGCUCAGUCGCCAGCAUCCACGUCCCCUCGCCUGCAGUGCCCAAACUCAGCAUGGCCAAGUGUCGGAGGAAUGUGGAGAACUUCCUGGACGCCUGCAGGAAGAUCGGUGUCUCUCAGGACCACCUGUGUCUCCCUCACCACAUCCUGGAGGAGAAGGGUCUGAUGAAGGUGAGCGUCAUGGUGCACGCUCUGUUGGACCGGGCCUCCCCCAAACACGCCUUCCUGACGUGAGCGAGCAGAGAGGGGCGGAGCUUCCACCGACCAACACGCUCAACAAACGCACGCCGGUAUCCACACGCCGACGCUCUGGCGCCACCCCGAGGCCGCUCUGCCUCGUCCCAGUAACAGAGUGUUUUUUAUUAUAUUCAAGGAUGCAAAGUGGUUUUAAACGAACUAAACUGAUUUAUUUACUAAUUCACACGAGGGAACUUCUGGGUGAUUCCGAAUCUAACAAGCAGAUUGAUGGAAGAGCCAGUGUCUGAUUGGACGAUGUAAACCAAUCACUUCUUCAGGUAAACACGAGAAACACAAACAGCUGAAGGUUGAAAAUACAACAACGAUCAAACAUAUGCAGACGAUCAAUGACUGUUUAUGAAGAUGGAUGAUUCCUCUUCCUCCCACUGAACUGACAUGAAGCCAAAUUAUUUCAGAUGUGGAGACUGACGUCAUUUAAAGAGUUGCCACAGGCUCUAAAUAUCGGGAAAUUAAUAAUAACCAAACUUAUCACGAACAUGAAAUAUUUAUUUCUGUUGUAUUUAGAUUUGUUUAGCUUGAUCCAGGUCCUAUGUUCUGACAUAGAGGAGGCGGGUUUAUACCACCGUCGCCCAGCAGGCGGAGAUCCAGAUGUUUGGCUUCAUGUCGUCCAUCUUGUUUUCCAGUCUACAUCAGGACCAGUACCAGGGCCACUGGGGAAACUUCUCAAGAAUAAAUUCAAAAUUAUUUUGAGGGGAAAAGUAAAAUUUCGAUAAAACUCUGAAAAGACCGAUCAUAUUUAGUUUUCUUAGUAUAAUGCCAUAAUAUCUUUAAUAUUUCUUUUCAUAGGGUUUUUAUGACAUGAUGUAUUAUUCUUUAAAGUUGUCUCAAUUCGUUCAUAUUAUUCUCAACAACGUGGCCCUAAUACUCUGCGAUAAUUACUUUAAAAUGUGGCAUUAAAUCUAAACAGGCACUUUGUCUUUUUAACAUUUAGUCUAAAACAAACUUUCUUCUUUCACCCGAUCGUGUCCUGAAGAGAAUUAAACCAAACCAGUUUGAACAUAGAGGGAGAACAAUGUGAGCCACAAUUCUAUUUAAAGAAAAACAUAUUUAUGAUGUAAAGAGAAGCUGAUGAGUUGUUGUAAACAUCCCAAAAAUAUUUUUCUCUAAUGUAUUUUAGGUAAAAGUCUUUCUUUUAUAAAAGUGUCUCUGCAGCCGAGUCUCCACUUCAUGUUUGUUCGAGGAUCUUUGUCUUGAAUCCAAAGUUCGUUCACUGAGAGAAUCGUUCAUCAAACAUCAAACCGCAGCUUCUGCGUCCGACAAGUUUCAUUUGCUUCUCGUGUCUGAGCUUCGAGCAUCGAGCGUCGAGUCUGAACAUCGAGAAGAAGCUGCUCAGUAAAUCUGUUAAAACACUUUUUUCCUCCAACGCGAUCAGAGCAGAAAUAAAACGUAACAUUCACACUGGAGCCGGAGACGUCGCCAUUUUCCUCCGUUCCUCUUCCUGUCGCCAACAUUACCCAGAGUUCAGUGAUGUGAUGAAUCGGCCUCCGGGGGCAGCAGCCGACAUGUAGCUGCCUCCCGUGUCGACCGACUCUGGAGUCGUGAGUUCAUCACCUCAGAUUCAAAGUUAAAGAGAAAACCUCCUGUGAGGAGUCUACACGUGUCCACCAGGUGGCAGAAUUCAUCGUACAUUUCACAGUUGCCAAAACAUUUUUUUCUCUCUUGUGAUAGUUUUUUUAUUUAAAUGUACAUAUUGUUUAUCACAAGUAUUCCCUGUUGUUGAAUUAAUAUUCAGUAUUUCUUCAUGUUCUGUAUAUUUCACAUCAGCAAAGAUUUCAUAAAAUCCAAAAGAAUUUCAACACUAUCGGCAGCUCGGAGAAACACAGGCACACCACGUCGUAAAUAUGUUUCAUAUAUCCGAUAAUAAAUUAGCAUCUGGUAACAGUAUUAUGUUUUUUCUUUUUGCUAAAAUCUGUAGUUCAUUUUUAUAAAAUCUUGAACUCCUGCUGAAGUCAAAGUCAAAACCAUCGACUGAAAACAGCCGGUCGACACGUCUCCACUGAUACACCAGUGUGAUAAGAACCUAAAACCACAGAAACCAUCUCGAUUCUAUCGUGUUUGGUCCGUGUCCCAUCUGCGAACACGGAGGAGGAGGGUCAAUGACCUGUCCUGCAGCCAGGGGGCGACAGGGUUGAGUUUCAUGUCGUCCAUCUUAAUUUAGUCAGUGGUUAAAUAUCAGGAUCAUCGUGGUGAGUCGAGCCGAAAGGGAAAUUAACGACGUCACUUAGAUUUUCUGUAAAUGUGUUUCCACGUCUGUACGUUUUCUACGUUUCACAGAUUUCACUGACGUAUCCUCGGAGUUUUGGGGAAAAUAGAAUCAACUGCUUCCUCCGACAGAAUCUGCACUUUAAACUUUUUAACUUCUCUAUUUAUAUCUUUGUUUUGGCAACUGAGAAAAUCUUCACUCACCUAAAAUCUGAAGCGAAGGAUCAAACUUUUACAAAUGUGACGCUGAUGUAAAUUGUGUAAAUGUGGUGUGAAAAUCCUGCUGAACACAAAGCAGAGUUGUUUCCUGUUUUUUUGUAAAUACAGUUGUAAACUGUCCAGAAACGACCUGCGCUCACAUUUUUCUACUUUUCUGACCAGGAGGAACUUUAUUUUUGAGGUUUGUUGAGAUUUGAUGUAACGCACCCUUUUGUAACUCUCUGUGAGCCUUUUGUGUAAUUUGUUGUACAGCAACUGAUUUAAAUGCAUGAAAUGUCCCUUUAAUGUCGCCUUAACUGCUGUGAAUACUGUAAAUACUGUAAGUGUUUCUCAUCACUUCAUCAGUAAAGACCUCAUCUGUCAAACGA